AUGGCAGAAGAGGUUUCUUCUUCUUCUACUACUGCUCCCGCGGCAUCUGCUACUUCUCCUCUUGGUUCUAGCGUGAUCUCCCUCGUGAACCGCCUCCAGGACAUCUUCGCCCGCGUCGGAAGCCAAUCCACCAUCGACCUCCCUCAGGUCGCCGUCGUCGGCAGCCAGAGCAGCGGCAAGUCCAGCGUCCUCGAAGCCCUAGUUGGCCGCGAUUUUCUCCCCCGAGGCAACGACAUCUGCACUCGUCGUCCACUCGUCCUCCAGCUCGUCCAGACCAAGCGCAAGCCCGACGCCCCCGAUGAUGAGUACGGCGAGUUCCUCCAUCUCCCUGGCAGAAAAUUUCACGAUUUCUCCGACAUUCGCCGGGAAAUUCAGGCUGAAACUGAUAGGGAAGCAGGGGGGAACAAAGGUGUCUCCGACAAGCAGAUUCGAUUGAAGAUUUUUUCACCAAAUGUUCUCGAUAUCACACUUGUAGAUCUCCCAGGCAUUACGAAGGUUCCUGUCGGUGACCAACCUUCUGAUAUUGAAGCUCGAAUCAGAACAAUGAUCAUGUCAUACAUCAAAACUCCUACAUGUCUCAUUCUGGCUGUCACACCGGCAAAUUCAGAUUUGGCUAAUUCAGAUGCUCUUCAGAUGGCAGGGAUUGCUGAUCCUGAUGGUAAUAGAACAAUCGGCGUAAUCACAAAGUUGGAUAUCAUGGACAGAGGUACUGAUGCCCGAAAUCUGUUACUCGGAAAAGUUAUCCCCCUCCGACUUGGUUAUGUAGGUGUUGUAAAUCGUAGUCAGGAGGAUAUUCAAAUGAACCGGAGUAUAAAGGAUGCUCUUGUUGCUGAAGAGAAAUUUUUCCGAAGUCGUCCUGUAUACAGUGGUCUGGCAGAUAGUUGUGGUGUUCCUCAACUAGCAAAGAAAUUGAACCAGAUUCUAGCACAACAUAUAAAGGCUGUGCUACCUGGGCUGAGAGCACGUAUAAGUACUUCACUAGUCUCUGUUGCAAAGGAGCACGCAAGCUAUGGAGAGAUUACUGAGUCCAAGGCUGGUCAGGGUGCACUUCUCCUGAAUAUUCUUUCAAAAUAUUGUGAAGCAUUCUCCUCAAUGGUUGAGGGAAAGAAUGAAGAGAUGUCUACAUCCGAAUUAUCUGGUGGAGCACGAAUCCAUUACAUUUUUCAAUCCAUAUUUGUCAAAAGUUUAGAGGAGGUGGAUCCAUGUGAAGGCCUGACUGAUGAUGACAUUCGUACUGCCAUACAGAAUGCUACAGGGCCUAAAUCAGCAUUGUUUGUUCCAGAAGUGCCAUUUGAGGUCCUUGUGCGAAGGCAAAUAUCUCGUUUAUUGGAUCCAAGUCUUCAGUGUGCCAGGUUUAUAUAUGAUGAAUUAAUAAAGAUCAGCCAUCGCUGUAUGGUUACUGAACUGCAGCGAUUCCCUUUCUUGCGAAAGCGUAUGGAUGAAGUUAUUGGGAACUUUUUACGAGAAGGCCUUGAACCAUCGGAGAAUAUGAUUGCGCACAUGAUAGAAAUGGAGAUGGACUACAUAAACACUUCCCACCCAAAUUUUAUUGGUGGAAGCAAGGCACUAGAAAUUGCUGUGCAACAGUCCAAGUCUUCUCGGGCUGCUAUACCAGUUUCUAGGCAGAAGGAUCCUCUGGAGUCUGAUAAAGGAUCAGCCUCUGAGAGAAGUGUGAAAUCCUGGUCUAUUCUUGCAAGACAAGCUAAUGGAGUAGAUACUGAUCCGGGUGUCCGAGCAGCAUCAGAUGUUGAAAAAAGUGUGCCGUCGGGAAACACUGGUGGAUCAAGUUGGGGUAUAUCAUCCAUUUUUGGUGGAGGUGAUAGCCGAAUGACCGUGAAGGAGAAUAUGGCUAGUAAACCGCCUACUGAACCAAUUCACAGUGUGGAGCAUUCAUUCUCUAUGAUCAACUUGGGACAGGUUUGUGUACAUGACACAUUUAUUGUCAGCUUGAGCUUGAUCAAUAUGUUCUAUAGGUAUAAACCGCCUACUGAACCAAUUCACAGUGUGGAGCAUUCAUUCUCUAUGAUCAACUUGAGACAGCCACCUCCUGUCUUGAGGCCAUCUGAGAGCAAUUCAGAGACAGAAGUUAUUGAAAUAGCAGUGACAAAAUUGCUUCUGCGAUCGUACUAUGACAUUGUCAGGAAAAAUGUUGAGGAUCUUAUCCCUAAAGCAAUUAUGCACUUCUUGGUAAACAACACCAAGAGAGAGCUGCACAACGUCUUUAUUAAAAAGCUAUACAGAGACAACCUGUUUGAAGAAAUGUUGCAAGAACCUGAUGAGAUAGCCUUGAAAAGAAAGCGUUGUAGAGAACUUCUUCGAGCUUAUCAACAGGCUUUUAAGGACUUGGAGGAACUGCCAAUGGAAGCUGAGACGGUUGAAAGAGGAUACAGUUUGCCCGAAACAACUGGAUUGCCCAAAAUUCAUGGAUUGCCAACAUCAUCUAUGUACUCAACUAGCAAUUCUGGAGACUAUUAUGCAGCUUCUCCAAAGUACUCCAAGUCGAAAAGGUCUUCACAUUCAGGGGAACUUCCAUCACCGAUGCAUGUUGCUAUAUCAGAUUCCAAUGGAAGUGGAAGGCCAUUCACGUCAGGCUUUUAUCCCACGGUUGAUGCAUGAGCUGUACGUGACUUGAAUGUGCUCACUGGUCUGUUGAAGAGUUAACCCAAGGCAUUUUAUUCAUUUGAUUACGCUACAACUUUCGGGAUAUAGAACUCUGCCUCCCGGAGCUGGACUUCAUGAAAUUACUCUAUCUAACUAAAAUGGUCUUUGUAUGUUGGCCAUUGCUUUCUUUCAUAAGUUCACUUUUUCUCUCAUAGCAUUGGCAUUUUUUACUAGGCUCCAGAGAAAGAAUAAUAGGAGCAGGUGAUCUUUCACAUUUUUGAGAAUCGGCUUUCUAUACAUUCGUGUAUAUGAAUUUGUCUUUGUUCGUUAGUCAGAUUCAGAUGUUUUUUCAAAAAAGAUCGGAUGAAUUGCUAUUUUGAAGUAAUAGGACGUCAUGGCUAUAUGAAUUUGCAAGCAAUAUGGAGUUACCAAUUUUAGUUAUAAUGUAGGUUGGUGACUGAUAUUGCACUAUUAUUUAUUAUACCUAUCAAUGAAGAGGAUUCUUUCUAUAA